AGUCUGAGCUAUACAGCUUUGUGUGGGCACAACCAAAGUCCCCGCUCAUUGUUUCUCAAGAGCCAUUGAUAUCAGCCUGCACUACAACUCGAGACUGUACACGCACCGGAACGUGAGACCAGUCCUUAUUAUUGUGAUGACCCAUAAAUCUUUCAACUUAUAAUGUGAAUGGUUCGUUUCAGUAAACAGUACUGCCGUAGCUACGCGCAAGACGGUUGAGGCUUCAAGGAGGACAACUGGUGUUCACAGCCGAACAAAUAAGGCAAUGGCGGGUUUCACCGAAUCACGGUUGACAGGAGCGGACAUUGGCGUGGUGGUAGCUUACUUCGUCCUAGUCAUUGGUAUCGGGCUGUUUGCUAUGUACAGAGCCAACAGAAACACUAUAAGUGGCUACUUUCUAGCAGGACGAUCCAUGUGGUUUCUCCCGAUCGGUGCGUCUCUGUUCGUGAGCAAUAUAGGAACGGAACAUUUCAUCGGGCUGGCUGGUUCUGGUGCUGCAAGUGGAAUCAGUGUUGGAGCGUGGGAACUCAAUGCCCUGCUGAUCCUGCAGAUGACGGGAUGGAUAUUUAUACCUGUUUAUAUCGCCUGCGGGACCUGCACCAUGCCGGAGUACCUUGCCAAGAGAUUUGGUGGAAAUCGACUGCGGGUCUACUACGCUGUCUUGAGUCUCAUUCUCUAUAUUUUCACCAAGUGCUCGGGGGAUCUUUACACGGGUGCGUUGUUCGUUCAACAAGCGCUCAACUGGGAUCUCUACGUCAGCAUCGUGCUGCUGAUUGUUGUUACUGCCGUCCUUACCUUUACAGGAGGUCUGACGGCGGUUAUCUAUACUGAUACAUUGCAGGCAACGUUGAUGGUGGGAGGAGCCCUCUACCUGAUGGGAGCGGGGUUCUAUGAAAUCGGUGGGUUCUCGGGGCUUCUGGAGAAGUAUCCCCAGGCUGUUCCAACCAACGUGAGUGCCAUUGUGCCUGGUACCACCUGUCAUCAUCCAGACAAACAGGCGUUCCGCAUGUUGCGUGGGGCAACAGAUGACUAUAUGCCAUGGCUCGGCUUCCUUAUUGGACAGACACCAGGUUCCAUCUGGUACUGGUGUACCGACCAGGUCAUCGUUCAGCGCGCCCUGGCGGCCAAAAGCAUAUCGCAUGCUCAGGGGGCCACAUUGAUGGCGGGCGUCAUCAAGGUACUUCCUCUCUUCUUCAUGGUGAUGCCGGGGAUGAUCAGCAGGGUUUUGUAUCCAGAUGAUGUUGCUUGCACCAACCCAGACUACUGUAUGUCGGUGUGUCAGAGCAGAGCAGGCUGUUCCAACAUCGCUUACCCAAGACUGGUCCUGGGGCUUAUGCCUAAUGGUGCCCGGGGGCUGAUGAUGGCUGUGAUAGUAGCAGCCCUCAUGAGUGACCUCGACUCAAUCUUCAACAGCGCAAGUACGUUGUUCACCAUUGAUAUAUGGAAGCGGAUCAGAAAGGCGGCCUCGGUUACAGAACAGAUGAUUGUUGGCAGGUUGUUCAUCGUGGUGAUGGUUGCUGUGUCCAUAGCGUGGGUUCCUGUCAUCAAGGAAACCCAGAGAGGUCAAGUGUUCAUCUACAUCAACGAGAUAACCAACUACUUGGCACCACCCUUCGCCGCUGUGUUUCUACUGGCAGUGCUGGUACCCCGGGUCAACGAAAAGGGAGUGUUCUGGUCUCUGAUGUAUGCCUUCCUGGUCGGGGUGGUGCGUCUGGUUCUGGUUUUGUCUUUCCAGGGGGAAGGCUACUGUGGAGCGUCAUCCACCACGACGAUGCCUGCACUUGUGAGGAACAUUCACUACAUGUACUUCGCCCUGUUCCUCUUCCUGUCCACCGGCCUGAUAGCUCUUGUCAUCAGCUACUUGACGAAGCCUCCACCAGAGAAAUACCUGCAGAACACCACAUUGUGGAGCUACUACAGCAGGGACAGACAGAUCAGUGAGGACAGGGAAGAUGCAGAAGUCGACCUGCAGAAAAUGAGCGAUGAAGACAUUCACGAACCCAACACCGUUAAAUCUGGGGACGGCCAUGUUGAUAGCUCAACGACUUUUUGAAGAUGGAAACCUGGGAGAGAAGGCUGAUGGUCUACUUCGCGUAAAGACAAAAGAUCCACCGAGCAUGACCAGGAGAGUGUUUAACUACCUGUUGGGUAUCAGCAACUCCGAAGACAAACUAGAUGAUGACCAAGCACUCAAAGAUCACCUGCAGGUCCUGGCAGCCCUCAAACAGACCAGGCUUGAGAAAACAAUCCUCACAGUCGGCCUCAUGAGCAUCCUCACCGUUGGUGUAGCCAUGUUCAUAUUCUGGUCAGUUCAUGUGUUCCACACGGGGCAAUUCUACCCUGAAGGUGCCGAAAGUCUUUUACCUGGAGAUGAACAAUUCCUUCAAAAUUUCACGAAUCAUGGUACCAUAUCACAUACCGGUACCAAUAACAGUAGCUUUAGCCCACCGUAGGAAUAUGACAGAAGUGUUAAUGUGUAUACCCUGACCUGCAAUGUCG